AUGUCGCUGUCGCAGAGAGUAACGUCGUUUGAAUCGCUGUCGCCGGAACGAGGCAGGUCCCCGGCGGGUUCGCAGAGGAGGAAACUGAGCUUUAGUCCGUUGCCGGGGAAUUGGGGGGAUGAUUUGGAACCGCAGGAGCAGGUGGUCGAGGAGAUUGAAACGGUGGCUGCGUUUGAGGUUUCGAAGGGGAAGCGAAUUUUACAAGUCGCAAUUGCAGUGGUGUACUGUCUCCUCGCUGCCGGUAUCGUCUUUGGAUAUGCAGCGCUCAAGCCAGUUCUUAUCCGCGAAGGUGUUUAUCGAGAAUAUUGUACAGAAGAUGAAUUGAAAGAGGGAGUACGAACUUGCUUUGAGCAGGAGAUACAUUUGAACUUGAUGUUCACCAUUGCUGCGGUCGGUACGAAUGUUGCAGCUUUACCAAUUGGCUCUAUCUUGGAUAACUUUGGUCCAAGGGUAGCUGGUAUCAUAGGAAGCAUUUUCUUGGCGGUUGGAGCUACUCUAUUUGCUUUUGCUGAUGAGUUACCCUUUGAUGGAUUUAUUCCAGGAUAUUUGUUGUUGGCACUCGGAGGAGCUUUCUUCUUGAUCACCUCUUAUCAGCUUUCGAAUACCUUUCCCAAACAUUCUGGUUUGAUCUUGGCUCUUUUGACUGGUGCCUUUGACACCUCCAGUGCGCUCUUCCUCGUAUAUCGAAUCAUAUAUCAAUGGAGUGAUGGAACUUUCCACAUCAAACAGUUCUUCCUCAUCUAUCUGAUCGUUCCGGCUUUUAUCCUCAUCGCACAAAUUUUCGUCAUGCCUUCCCAAUCGUACAAGACAGUGGGAGAAAUGGUUAAACAGGUCGAAGAUGACGAUUUGUUCGACGAUCAAAUGGACGAAACUACAGCUCUCCUUCGCGAAGAGCGUCGUCAACGUCGUGAUUCCAUUGUCUCGGAAAUAACCGAACUUUUGGGCACCAAGCCGGGCAGUAAACAAGUCAAACAAGAAGAGCGCAAGAAUAAAAUCUCCGGCGUAUGGGGAGUGUUACACGGAAAAACCGUAGUACAACAAAUCCUGUCUCCGUGGUUCGUUCUUAUUACCCUAUUUACCGUUAUCCAAAUGACACGGAUCAAUUUCUUCGUCGCCACCAUUCGUCCACAGUACGAGUACCUCCUUGGUUCUUACAACAAAGCCGUCGAUGUUAACACUUUCUUCGAUCUGGCUCUUCCACUAGGAGGCGUCCUCUCAAUCCCUUUCAUUGGCAUCAUUCUCGACAAUACCAGUACCACAUUUGUGCUCUCCCUCCUCGUGACCAUCGCGACCACUAUUGGCGUUCUCGGCAUGCUCCCCUUUUCCUGGGCCGCCUAUGCAAACAUCUCUCUCUUCGUCCUCUACCGUCCCUUCUACUACACCGCCGUAUCCGAUUACUCAGCCAAGGUCUUUGGAUUCCGUACGUUUGGAACGGUAUACGGAUUGAUUAUCUGUUUGGCAGGUCUUCUCAAUUUCAGUCAAAGUGGAUUAGAUGCCCUCCUCCACAAAGUCUUCAACGGAAACCCAGUACCGAUUAACGGUAUAUUGAUGGGCUCAGCAUUGGUGGUAGGAAUCAUCCUCUGUGCAUUUGUGGGUUGGAAAGCAUACACCUUGAAGCGAGAUGGCUUAGAAAUGGAGGCAGAAGCUGCGAGAGAAACAGUAAUGCCUGGUGCGGAGAGUCCGGAACGAUUAUAA